AUGAAGCGCAGGGUUGAGGAUACAACGUUUGCAGACUUGGCCAUUGCCUUCUCCCAGGAGGAGUGGGGGCUCCUUGAUGAGGCCCAGAGGCUUCUGUACUAUGACGUGAUGCUGGAAAUCUUUGCACUUGUAGCAUCUGUGGGUUGUUGGCAUGAGACGGGAGAUGAGAAGGUCCCUUCUGAGCAGAGUGUAUCUAUAGAAGGAGAGUCACAGGUAAAGGUUUCUACAACAACUCCAGCACUGCAGAAGAUCCAUCCCUGUGAGCACUGUGUCUCAGUCUUGAAAACUAUCUUGCACCUGACUGAGUUCCAAGCAUCAUACCUUGAACAGAAAGCAUUCUUCAGUGACGUGUGUGUGAGAGGCUUCUGCUUCAUUGCAGACCUUCACCAACAACCAAGGCCUGCCAGUGGAGAGAAUCUCUGGAAAGAAGAUAUGGACAGGGCCUGGUUUGUAACUAGGUGCAGGUGCUGUGUAUCAGGGGCACUUUUCACCAGUAGAGAGGUUGAGGAAAACUUUCCAGCCAUUUCAGGCCUUCUCCAGCACCAGACCACUCCUAAUAGUGUAGAGCCACCCAAUUGUGAGAUAUGGCAGGCUUUUCGCGAUAGAAAAAGUCAUCACCGGUGGGGUGAAUCUGAAAAAGCUGCCAGCCACAAUCACAAUGUCAUUCAGUGUCAGGGUGUCUGCUCAGGAGAGUGGCUUUAUGAGUGUAGCAAAUGUGGGAAACCCUUUAGACAAACCUCCAGCCUCAUUCAACACUACAGAAUUCACACAGGAGAAAAGCAGUAUGAUUGCAGUAUUUGUGGGAAAUGCUUUCGCCGCAAAUUUAACCUAAUUCGACAUCAAAGAAUUCACACUGGUGAAAAGCCGUAUGAGUGUAGAGAUUGUGGAAAGUUCUUUAGCCGAAGCUGUAAGCUUAUUGAACACCAGAGAAGCCACACUGGUGAAAAGCUGAAUGAGUGCAGUGUUUGUGGGAAAUGCAUUCGUCACAAAUUUAAUCUCAUUCAACAUCAGAGAAUUCACACUGGUGAAAAGCCGUAUGAGUGUAGUGAUUGUGGGAAGUCUUUCAGCCAAAGCUCUGCCCUUAUUCAACAUCAGAGAGUUCACACUGGAGAAAAGCCUUAUGAGUGUAGUGAUUGUGGGAAAUGCUUUAGUUACAAAUAUAUACUCAUUCAACACCAGAAAAUUCACAGUGGAGAAAAGCCGUAUGAGUGCAGUGAUUGUGGAAAAUGUUUUAGCUACAAAUAUAUACUCAUUCAACACCAGAGAAUUCACACUGGAGAAAAGCCAUAUGAGUGUAGUGAUUGUGGAAAGUUCUUCCGCCACAGUUCUGGCCUCAUUCAACACCAGAGAGUCCAUACUGGCAAAAAGCCAUAUGAGUGUAGUGAUUGUGGGAAAUGGUUUAGCUACAAAUACGUGCUUAAUAACCACCAAAGAAUUCACACUGGAGAAAAACCGUAUGAGUGCAUUGAUUGUGGAAAGUCCUUCAGCCAAAGCUCUGCCCUCAUUCAGCACCAGAGAGUCCAUACUGGAAAAAAGCCGUAUGAGUGUAGUGAAUGUGGGAAAUCCUUUAGACGACACAGCCAACUUAUUCAGCACUGUCGAGUUCAUUCUGGAGAAAAGCCUUAUGAGUGUGGUGAAUGUGGGAAAUACUUUAGCUAUACAUCUAACCUCAUUCAACACCAGAAAGUUCACAGUGGAGAAAGACCUUAUGAGUGUAGUGAGUGUGGGAAAUCUUUUAGCCACAAAUCUCACCUCCUUCGGCACCAGAGAGUUCACACUGGAGAAAAGCCCUAUCAGUGUAGUGAUUGCGGGAAGUCCUUCAGCACAAGCUCUUCGCUCAUUCAACACCAGAGAGUUCACACUGGAGAAAAGCCAUAUGAGUGUAAUGAUUGUGGAAAGUUCUUCCGCCACAGUUCUGGCCUCAUUCAACACCAGAGAGUUCACACUGGAGAAAAGCCAUAUGAGUGUAGUGAUUGUGGGAAGUGUGAAAUUGGGAAAUCCUUUAGACGACACAGCCAUCUUAUUCAACACUGUCAAGUUCAUUCUGGAGAAAAGCCUUAUGAAUGUAGUGAAUGUGGGAAGUCCUUUAGACAACACUCUAACCUUUUCCAACACUGCAGAAUUCACACUGGAAAAAAACCCUUAUGA